GUAACGGGUCGGGGCGUCAUCUUGGUGCCUUCGGGAUGGAGCUGGAGGAGGCAAAAGAACUGAAAGAGCGCUGUUCUCUGUGUGCGGCUGUGUCUUGGGGCCUCACUGAUGAAGGCAAAUAUUACUGCACUUCCUGCCACAAUGUGACAGAAAGAUCUAAGGAGGUUAUCAACACUGACAUUAUUCCUAAUACCAAGAUAAAAUCCAUCAGCAGGGGCCUCAAAAGGAGAAGCAAGUUGGAAAAAGGCUGGGAUUGGUAUGUGUGCGAAGGAUUUCAGCACAUACUUUAUCAGCAAGCAGAAGCCCUGAAGACCCUCGGAGUAGCCCCAGAAUUAAAGGAUGAAGUUUUACACAACUUUUGGAAGCGCUACCUGCAGAAGAGUAAGCAGGCAUAUUGUGCAAGCCCAGCCUACACCAGCAGAAGGAAGGCCGAGGUGUUGGAUGGAAAUGUCCCUCAUUCAGACAGGGCGAGUGGGCCCGAGCUGCUCAGCGACACUGACUGGGCAUCAUCCUGCCUUGAAAGUGGUGCGGAGUCCCAGUCUGACGCCCCUGUGACAAAGCCCCUUGCUGCCCCGAGAGCACCACACUCAGAAGCAGCAUCUGUCUGUUCUGGGUCACUUGAUGGUGUCGAAUACUCAGAGCGGAAGGAGAAGGGUGUCGUGAAGAUGACAGUACCAGGAACACUCGCACUCUGCUACCUGUCAUUGCUGUGGCAGAGAGAAGCAGUAACUCUCUCAGAUCUGCUGAGAUUUGUUGAAGAAGAUCAUAUUCCUUACAUAAAGGCUUUUCAGAGUUUCCCAGAAGAAAUGAAAUUGUAUGGCCGUGACAAAGGAAUCUUUGCUAUAGAGUCUUGGCCUGACUACGAGGAGAUCUAUAAACACACCAUUGAAAUCGCCACAUUUUUGGACUUACCCCGAUUUCCGGACAUCACCAAAGACUGCUUCCUCCACCCCAACAUCCUGUGCGUGAAGUACCUGCUGGAAGCCAACCUCCCUGAUGAAAUGCAUGGGUUAACCUACCAAGUGACGGAGAUGACCGGGAUGGGAGAGGUGGCUUCCCUGACGUUUGACCCAGUCGCUAAAGCUGCAAAAACUGUGAAGUAUGACGUGCAAGCUGUUGCGCUCAUUGUGGUGGUCUUGAAACUGCUCUUCCUAUUGGACGACAACUUAGAAUGGUCUUUGUCUGACCUUGCUGAAGUCAAUAAUGAAAAGAACAAAACAGAGAAGCCAUGGUUCAGUUUCAGAAAGUGGUACUGCGUCAUGAAAAAGACUCUUGAGGAGAAGAAACAGGAGUGGGAGGAAGCUCGAGCCAAGUUCAUGUGGAAGAGCGAAAAGCCACUCUACCACUCCCACAUUGACAAGCCUGUGGCGUACAAGAGAAGGGAAGUGGUGGUGAGUCUCCAGAAACAGUUCAGUGCCCUGGCCGGUCCAACACUGACUGUUGCAAAGAAAAGCCCUUCAAGUUUCCAGCUCAGCUGGGCCGAAGGUGACCCUAACCGAACCUGUUUCCACAACCACAGCCUCCGGGGUGUCCUCCUAGAGAAAGGCCAGGCGCUGCUGACCAAGAACUCCUUAUACUGGCUGAGUACACAGAAGUUCUGCAGGAGCUACUGCAAGCAUGUGACCACUUAUGAAGAAUCCAAUUUUUCUCUGAGCUAUCAGUUUCUCCUAAACCUUUUCUCCUUCCUACUGAGAAUAAAGCCCGCCUUCCUCCAUGAUGAAGUGAGCUUAAUUGAAAAGAAACUUUUUAAGAAGAAAUACAAUGAAACCAAGAAGAACUCAAGAUUCAGGAAAGGGAGAAGAUAGUGAAAAAAGGAAAUAGACACUGUUGAAAAAAUUUUGUGCAAAUGACAGUAAUGUGGAAUUAUGGAAAAUACAAUUUCAUAUAUAUAUAUA